AUGCGAGUUUUCAAAAGGUUCAUGGCCCAACUGACGGCCAAGUCGGUGGUCAACACUUACCAAAGUGAGGCGCCGGCUCUUUUCGAGUCUGCUGCUGCGGCCCAUGCCCGCCGCCGUCUGCGGAACCGGGUCGGCCUGCUGGCCUACAAAAGAGGCAUGGUUCCAUACUACCUGCCAGACGGCACGCAUUUUGCCUGCACAGUGCUCGAGGUUGAUCGCUGUCAGGUCACGGACGUGAAAACCGCAGACAAGCACGGCUAUUUUGCCGUCCAGCUGGGCAUUGGUUCGCGCAAAGUGAAAAAUACCACCCGCCCUAUGCUGGGACACUUUGCCCGAAGUGAAGUGGCUCCCAAGCGCCAUCUGGUCGAGUUCCAGGUCCGCGAUGAGUCUGGGCUUCUUCCGCUCGGCUCUGAGCUCAAGGCAGACCAUCUGAUCCCGGGCCAGUUCGUCGACGUCAAGUCCCGCACCAAAGGUAAAGGGUUCCAGGGUGUCAUGAAGCGCUGGGGCUUUGGCGGUAUGUCUGCCAGUCACGGUACGUCCGGUGUUCACCGUUCUGCCGGUUCCACAGGUCAGAACACGGACCCUGCCCGCGUGUUCCCCGGCAAGAAGAUGGCAGGCCGCAUGGGCUACGACUUCCGCACUGUUCAGAACCUCCAGAUUCUCGAGGUCGACGCUGACAACGGCCUCAUUCUUGUCCGCGGCUCGAUCGGUGGCGCAGAUGGUCGAUUGGUCAAGAUCACAGACGCUGUCAAGAAGCCGCUACCAAAGGCAUAA